AUUGGAAUGAUCUACAAAGUUAUUUUGUUUGAGCUAAUGAAGAAUUAACUUUACGAAUACAUAAUCAGUUUCCAAAUCUCAGGAAGAAGACUCAAUAUUAUUGAGACAUGAGGGCAGUUUUGACCAGUCUUGUGUUUUUAUGUUUAAAUCUUUUAGCUGAUGUCUUAGAUGUUUGGAAGAUGGACAUUCAUGGAGGGCACCUAUUUGGUAAACUUGCUGUUGAUAUUGUUUGGAUGGGUAUCAUCAUACUUUCAAGAAUAUAUCUGGAUAAAGAUGAUCAAUGGUGGGCAUCUUUGAUCUGUUUUGGUUUGAAUCUCGUUGUCGAUUUUGGUGUCGCUGGGAUUUUGGCUGGUCAAGAGUGUUAUUGGAAAUCUAAAGGGGCUUUUGAUGUUCUUUCGGGCAUAUUUCCAAUGGCAUCUGGAAGCAACUCUGACAAGAAAGAUUAUCCAAAAAUGAAAGAACGCUGUUAAGGCAAUUAUCUACACAAAUGAUCUGUACUGGUGCCUUUUGCUUUUGUUUUAAUAUGUAAUUGCCAUUAAAGGCACUGCCACUAGUUAGUUAUUACGCAUUAUAACAUAGUUGUGGCUAUUACAGCUUUUUAAACGGUAACCCUAAUUACAACAUCUUGUUUAAUAUGGCAAACUCAACUUUGCAUAAUGGCCAAAAAUAUUCACUGACAUUAAUUGUUCUUGUGAAAUUCAAAGAUUGUAUCUUAAAUUAAAUGCCCACAACAAAUUACAUCCAAAUAAUAUAAUUUGCUAGGCUACUAUUUUACUAAUUUAUAUUAGACAUAUUGCAAAUAGGGAUGACCGACAGGUAAAUGCGUGAUGUCGCACCCUGAAUGUGAAUAGCAACCCCAAGAUGUCAAAGAACUGGGUACUAUUUUAAAGGACACGUGAUGGAGAUGUUUCUAUGGUAGCAGUUUAAGUUAGCUCCCUUGUUUAGCUCCCACUAACGAGCUACUCUCGAUUCACUAAUAUCAAAACCUAUAUUAGCUCGGCCAUUUACCUUUCGACCGACCGUUCAAAAUUGCGCCAAAUUCCCUCAAUCAAAAUUGCGCACCCUUUUC